UUAAUUUUCAUCUUCUUCUGUUACUUUGUGUCUCUAUCUUAGACAUGGUGGUUCCUGCGGCUCUUGUCUUUAUCCCUGUUGGUGUCCUCUUCUUGAUCUCAGGCCUCAUCGUCAAUCUCAUUCAGCUUGUGUUCUUCAUUAUUGUUCGUCCAUUCUCAAGAAGUUUGUAUAGAAGAAUCAACAAAACCGUUGCGGAAUUACUUUGGUUGCAGCUUAUAUGGCUGAUUGAUUGGUGGGCUUGUAUAAAGAUCAAUUUAUACGCCGAUGCAGAGACUCUAGAGUUAAUUGGGAAAGAACAUGCACUUGUUUUAAGCAAUCAUCGAAGUGACAUUGAUUGGCUUAUUGGAUGGGUCAUGGCUCAGCGUGCAGGUUGUCUUGGAAGCUCUUUAGCCAUCAUGAAGAAAGAAGCCAAAUAUCUUCCAAUCAUAGGUUGGUCCAUGUGGUUUUCGGAUUACAUUUUCUUGGAAAGAAGCUGGGCUAAGGAUGAGAAUACCCUCAAGGCAGGUUUUAAGAGACUUGAGGACUUUCCUAUGACAUUCUGGCUGGCUCUUUUCGUUGAAGGAACUCGUUUCACUCAGGAGAAGCUUGAAGCAGCUCAAGAUUACGCCUCUAUCAGAAGCUUACCAACUCCUCGAAAUGUCUUGAUUCCUCGUACAAAGGGAUUUGUUUCGGCGGUGUCACACAUACGAUCAUUUGUUCCUGCGAUUUACGAUUGUACCGUAACCGUUCAAAACAAUCAGCCUACACCAACUCUGCUUAGGAUGUUCAGUGGACAAUCAUCUGAGGUGAAUUUGCAGAUGAGACGUCACAAAAUGAGCGAGCUGCCAGAAACAGAUGAUGGUAUUGCUCAAUGGUGCCAAGAUUUGUUCAUCAAUAAGGAUGCUCAGCUUGAGAAAUACUUCACAAAAGACGUGUUCAGCGACUUGGACGUUCACCAAAUAGAGCGGCCAAUCAAACCAUUGAUCGUGGUCAUCAUUUGGUUAUGUCUCCUUGUAUAUGGUGGUUUCAAGCUAGUUCAAUGGCUCUCUGUGGUAGCCUCGUGGAAGAUCAUCUGUGUCUGUGUGUUCUUCUUGGUGAUUGCAACUAUAACAAUGCAAGUAUUGAUUCAGUCGUCUGAGUCACAACGUUCAACUCCUGCCAAGAGACAUCUACAAGAACAACUUAUUUCUGCCUAGGA